AUGAUAGAUGAUACUAAAUCUUUGCCUUUUGUAAAAACACUGAGAUCAGGAGGAAUGAUAACAGGAUUUUCAGCUGCAAUUUUCCAAGUUAAGCCAUUGCUUCUUUUGUCAGCUAUUUUGAUAUUUUCAAGUAUAAUUACUUCAAACAAUAGCGACAUACAAAGGACCAUUACACUUAUGGGGUUCUUAACCAUGGGAUUCAUGUCAAUCUACCUUAUGCCUAAUAACGUAUUGUUCGAUAAAAGAGACGCACCCAAAAACAAUUCUACAAAUACCGACAUUUAA